UUAAAUGCUUAAUCACCAGUCUCGCUUCCCUCCGAUAGCGAGCAGAGCAGACUCCAUGGCUAGUUUCAUCAAACCAAAACUUCGUUUGAGUCUGACACUCUCAACACAGUCUCUCUCCCGACUUAGCUUCGCACACUACUACUGUACCUCUUCUUCUUCGGCCAUAGAAUGCAAUCUUCGAGGAGACGAAGAUGAGAGCGAAAACCCUAACACCAUCAAGCUUUCACCUACUGAAACUCUCCUAGCAGAUAAGCUUUCUGCCCUAAUCAAGGAACACCACCGCAAAAAUCCUAACCCUGACCCUAUUCCUGUCCCACGAAACCCUACUUUUACCUUCUCCGAGCUCACCCCUUCUUUUUCCAGAAUCCCCUCCAUUGAUUUCGUUUCCCCUGCCAUCGUAGCUCAUGUCAUCGAGAAAUGCGGCGGUGUACGCCAUGGCAUACCCUUCCUUCAAAUCCUAUCUUUCUUCAACUGGGCCACCAAUAGACCUGAAUUCCAACACUCCUCCGAACCAUAUAACGAGAUGAUUGAUCUCGCUGGAAAGGUCCGGCAGUUCGAUCUCGCUUGGCACCUGAUUGAUGCCAUGAAGUCCCGAAAUGUCGAAAUUCCUAUUGAAACCUUCUCCAUCCUUGUCCGGAGAUAUGUACGUGCUGGCUUGGCUGCUGAGGCCGUUCACGCAUUUAAUCGGAUGGAUGAUUAUGGGUGCAAGCCUGAUAGAAUUGCGUUCUCUGUAGUCAUCAGUAUUCUCUGUAAGAAAAGAAGGGCAUCUGAAGCUCAGUCCUUCUUUGACAGCUUGAAGCAUAAAUUUGAGCCUGACGUUGUCAUAUAUACGAGCUUGGUCCAUGGUUGGUGUCGGGCAGGCAACAUUUCGGAAGCUGAGAGAGUGUUUCGAGAGAUGAAGGAGGCUGGAAUCCAGCCCAAUGUGUACACUUACAGCAUUGUGAUUGAUGCGUUGUGUCGAUGUGGGCAAAUCACUCGAGCCCACGAUGUUUUCGCAGAAAUGCUUGAUAAGGGAUGCGAACCCAACUCCAUUACUUUCAAUAACUUGAUGCGAAUUCAUGUCAAGGCGGGGCGGACUGAGAAGGUCCUGCAGGUGUAUAACCAGAUGAAGAGACUCUCUUGUCCACCUGAUACCAUCACCUACAACUUCCUCAUUGAGAGUCACUGUCGGGAUGAGAAUCUUGAGGAAGCUGUUAAGGUGCUCAACCAGAUGGUGAAGAAGGGGUGUAGCCCCAAUGCAUCCACAUUCAAUCCAAUCUUCAGGUGCAUUUUCAAGCUGAAGGAUGUGAAUGCAGCUCACAGGAUGUAUGCUAGGAUGAAGGAGUUGAAUUGCAAGCCCAAUACGGUGACUUACAAUGUCUUGAUGCGAAUGUUUGCAGACUCAAAAUCCAGAGACAUGGUUAUUAAGUUGAAGAAAGAAAUGGAUGAAAAUGAGGUUGAACCUAACGUGAAUACUUACAGGAUAUUGAUCUCAUUGUUUUGUGGGAUUGGGCAUUGGAACCAAGCUUACAAAUUCUUUAGGGAGAUGAUUGAGGAGAAGUGCUUGAAGCCGUCCCUUCCAGUCUACGAGAUGGUGCUGCAGCAAUUAAGGAAGGCAGGACAAAUAAAGAAGCAUGAAGAACUAGUAGAGAAGAUGGUAGAUAGGGGAUUUGUUACUCGUCCACUGUAGUGAAAAGAAUACUUGCUAUGUUUCAGAAGAAGGAACCGCUCCGGCUCCAUUUUUACCGGUAUGUUGUCAAAUUACAGAUAGAUUUUUUGCUGUCAUAUUACUUAGGUAUGAUGAAUUUUCAAUAUGUAUUCUCAUAAGAUAUGAUUCACUUGUUCUUAUUGGAGCCCCAAAUUUAGAAUUAGCUGCUCCGUUUUUUUUGGAUUAAAUUACAAUCAGAUUUUGGCUAUAUUACAA